UGCAAUGUAGUGAGAGAGGGGGAGGAGAAGACGUGCUACCAGAUCUGGCACGACACCUGGGACAGCGGGAAUACCAUUCCACGGUACCUGCUACAGGAGCACAAGAUUCACAACCGCCCGCCGCCAUCCCUCCCAGGAAAGAAGCGCCGACGACGG